UCAAAGGAGAAAGUGCGAAAUCAUUGGUGCGCCCUCUGCGCCGAAAAUCCCCGGCCGAACGUGUAUCAUACGUUACGCGUCCGCGGCGGUAGAGCGGAAAACCUGACGUGAUUCGUAACGAUGUCGUUAUCUGGAAGAAACUCGGAGAUAAACACUGCGAGACGAGACCGGGUCGGGUCGAUGGGAGUCGGUAGUAGGAUCGCGACCGUCCGAUCGUAAACACGGUCGCGUGCGUAUCGAAGAUAAGGAUCGCGCAGCUUGCGGAGCCAGCUGUAGGUCGCUGGUCCCGCCGAGCCGAAAUUGCCGAAACUUGGGGGAUCCCUCGAUCGAUCGUGGAUCAUCCGUCCGCGUGCCGCGCGAACCAGCGAAAGUGAGAACCCCGGCGGACGGUCUCGCUUGCUCCGAUAAACACAAUCCUUUUCCCUCGCGCGUACAGGGACGACGAGUGUGUGUCGUGCUGGGUGAAUAACGGGUUUCCGCGUGUGUGCGUCUGCAUGUGGAUCGGAUCCGCUUGUGAUAGUGUGUCAGUACUGGGAAACGGUGCGCGCGUUGCUCGUCGCCUCCGCCGAGAGCAACGAUGACGACGGAUCACGAAAGCGACACGAGGGUGAGGCUGAGGAGGACCAAGAGCGUCACCAGGGCCGAGGAGAUCCAAAAGGCCGAGAUGAUGGUGCGCAGAUCGCAGCCGGACAGGGCAUGUCAUCGUCCCAGGGACAGCCUGUUCUCGUGGAGCUCGGGAUUCGACAACUUCACCGGGUUCGUCAAUUGGGGCUUCCUGUUGCUGGGCAUCGGCGGAAUCCGAUUACUUCUAGAAAAUUUCAUAAAAUACGGGAUAAGGGUGGACCCGUGGCAAUGGUUCCUCUUCCUCAGUGGCAAGUACGAGGGCGGCGAGGAGCACCCGUCGAUCCUGCUCGUCAUCUAUUCCACAGUGCCCGUGAGCCUUUGUCUGCUGAUCGAAAAGGGACUGUCGGUGGAUAUCAUAGCUCACGGUCCAGGAAUGGUGUUCCACGUCGUAAACCUCGUCGUGAUGGUACUGAUGCCGAUGGUGGUCAUCCACGUGAAGGAUUCCGGAUUCAGCCUGAUCGGCGCGAUGUUCGUGUGCAUGCUGUACGCCGUCCUGUUCCUGAAGCUCUGGUCUUACGUGCAAGUGAACAUGUGGUGUCGGCUGAGCAGUCGAAGAAAGGCAACGAGCCAGGGCAGAAUGCGACGCCAGUCCCUGUCGUACAACAAUUUGCAGUCUUCCAGCGCGAAACAAAACGGAGGCGAGGUCGAUGACUCGAAGCACGACGUGGACGGCGUUCCCACGGCCUUGGUGCAAUAUCCGGACAACUUGAAUCUCCGCGAUCUUUACUACUACAUACUGGCGCCCACGCUGUGCUACGAGCUGAAUUUUCCACGGACGCAGCGGAUUCGGAAAAGAUUCUUGAUUAAACGCAUCCUGGAGGUUGUGGUCGGCUGCCAAGUGGUCAUGUCGUUGUUCCAGCAGUGGAUGGUCCCGUCUGUGAAGAACUCCCUGGUACCGUUCAGCAACAUGGACGUGGCGAAGGCUUCCGAGCGUCUACUCAAACUUGCCAUACCGAACCACCUGGUCUGGCUGUGCUUCUUCUACUUGAUAUUCCAUUCGUUCUUUAAUCUGUUAGGAGAACUGCUGCAUUUCGCCGAUCGGAAUUUCUACUGCGACUGGUGGAACGCGAAUAACAUCGACAUUUUCUGGAGGACCUGGAACAUGCCGGUGCAUCGGUGGGCCCUGCGACAUCUCUACAUUCCCAUCAUAGAGAUGGGGUACAGUAGGUCGAUCGCUUCGAUCACGGUGUUCUUCAUCAGUGCCUUCUUCCACGAGUACUUGGUCAGCGUGCCUCUGAAGACGUUCAAGACGUGGGCGUUCAUGGGCAUGAUGGGACAGAUACCAUUAUCGAUACUCAGUAAGAUGGUGGAGCAAUAUUGGGGCGCCAGAUGGGGUAAUAUCGUGGUGUGGGCGAGUCUCAUUAUCGGACAGCCACUUUGCAUAAUGAUGUAUUACCACGAUUACGUGAUAACUCACUUCGGCCAGAUACUGGUCGAGGAUUAUUCGGUGGUGUAGCACGGAGCUGGACACGAGAUAUGCGGCGAACGAUCAAACAGAGAGGAAAUGGAGAAAUUCUUUCGGCGUCGAAACACACCGGCCUUUUGUCCAUCGAUGAUAUUUCCUUCCAGCCGUUGCGCAGGCUUCUAUUUGGCCGUUACCGCUCUGUAAACUAGCUUUUUUCUACGGUACCGAUGUAAAUCGUCCACAUUAUUCGUCGAUACGGGAACGAUGAGGGUAGAUAUCACGCGCAGAUGCCUUAAGUCUUAAGUCAUUUUAUAACGAACAAAUGUUAAACCGUCGCGGAAAUAGGGAUGCGUAAUUACUGAACGGUUUCGUCGUUUCUUUGUCUUCUUAAGCGGGUGAUGGUUCCAUACGUUCAUGAAAUAUUCACGUUUUAGCUGUAAGGCUCACUUUGAUACUAACUUUCUAUGGUUCCCUCCUUUUUGUACGCGUUUGCCUCUGAAGCGGGGACGCUCAACUUUUUGCAUGAUUUCUAUAGAGAUUACGGUACUUUCCGUCGAUCGGUUGCUCAACUCGGAAACCAGAUUACCAUUCUGCUGCAACAAUUCUAAAUAUUCGGAGGUAUGGAGCUCGAAUCAUUCGAAGUUUUAAUAGAUCCAACUCCGCAACGCCUAAACUCGAUCUGUAACCCGAACGAUAUUAAUCAAAAUAGUGUAUUCCAAUCGUAUCAUCGAAGCAUUAACCAAUUCGAAUCGUUUCGAACUUCGACUCGUUCGAACUCUAUACUCGACAGGCCCAGUUGCUCCUCGCGCAGGCGUGAAUUCGUGCCAACCAGCGGGAAACACGAAUGCACCGUUUGGUGGCGGCGCAACGAAAUCGAGAAAUGAUUCAAGCGUUGCUAAACCGAGGACGAAUGGUUGCACUAAUGCGAGCCCGAACGUAUCUUCGCGAUACCAGUACACCGGGUGUUCCGGAUUGUCGUAGGGCGUACACGUAAGAAAUUUUCUAACGUUCGAGGCGAGCGUUGCUCGAUCGCGAGGGAAACUCGUAAAUCGUCGAGCUCCGCUCGCGCGGGCCCACGAAUAUUAUGCGUGCGAUGAGACAAUAAUUCACCGUCUUCCUUUUCGGUUUUCCUUUUUUUUCCCCUCCCCCGUCUAAACCUGUUCUUUCUCUAUCUGGCAACGGCCUCGCGGUCCCAUCGCCAGACGGAGAAGCGCGCGUCCGGAAUAUUAGCUGUAAUAAAUUUAUCCGAGAAUGGAGUCCGGAACGUAGCGCGUUCGGUAAAUAUUUUAACCGUGCGGCGCUGGUAGCGCGAGCGGGUCCAGAAAGCGUUCCCGGCGUUUACGACGGAACGGUUGUCGGGGCUGAAGAUUUAACGAGCCCACUUGGGCUGCCGGUUGUGUGCGAACAGCAACAAUUUCCGUAGAAUUCUUAGCUCGCUGCCUGAUCCCCGUCAUGUACCACGCGCGAGCGAUGCCGGUUGUCGAAUAAAUGAGAUGUUUGUUACCAGCUUCG